UCGAGCUGUGAUCGCACCACUGCAAUACAGCCUGGACAACAGAGCGAGACCCUGUCUGAAAAACAAAAGAAGGGCUUCCGGGUGGUGCGAGCGAGAUGGGGCGGAGGGCCGGUCUCGCAGAGCAGCUGCGGCGAGUGGGCGUGUGCGCCGAGCGGUCUGGCCCAAGGGCUGGGGGCCGGCCGAGGGUCUUCGGGAGCAGGCCGCAGGGCGCGGAGAGAUCCUGGGAUCGCCGUCCGCCGCCGCUACCCGGACUGUCGGCGGAGGCCUCGGGCCCGGCGGCCGCCGCGGCCCCGUCCCUGGAAGCCCCCAAGCCCUCGGGCCUCGAGCCUGGCCCCGCCGCCUACGGUCUCAAGCCGCUGACCCCGAACAGCAAAUACGGGAAGCUGAACGUGGGCGGCUCGUUGCACUACACCACGCUGCGCACCCUCACGGGACAGGACACCGUGCUCAAAGCCAUGUUCGGCGGCCGCGUGGAGGUGCUGACCGAUGCCGGAGGUCGGGUGCUGAUUGACCGGAGCGGCCGUCGCUUUGGUACAGUCCUCAAUUACCUGCGGGAUGGGUCUGUGCCACUGCCGGAGAGUACGAGGGAACUGGGGGAGCUGCUGGGCGAAGCACGCUACUACCUGGCGCAGGGCCGGAUUGAGGACUGCCGGCUGGCGCUGCAGAGUCUCUCUGUCGCCCAGGCUGGAGUGCAAUGGCGUGAUCUUGGCUCACCGCAACCUCUGCCUCCCAGGUUCAAGCAAUUCUCCUGCCUCAGCCUCCCAAGUAGCUAGAAUUACAGGUGCCUGCCACCACGCUUUGCUACUUUUUUGUAUUUUUAGUAGAGAUGGGGUUUCACCAUGUUUGCUAGGCUGGUGUCGA